AUGGGAGGUGGAGAUCUUAAUUUAAAAAAAUCAUGGCAUCCUUCAACGAUGAAAAAUAUGGAAAAAGUCUGGAAGGCCCAACAACAAGACAAUCAGGAGAAAAAGAAAAUUGCGGAAUUAAAAAGAGACAUAGAAUUAGAACGUGAAAGAGAGGAUUUAAAAAAGUAUGCUAUGGAACAAGGAACUAUUGAGAAAAAGGACAAUAAGAAACUUGAUUGGAUGUAUACGAAGCCACAAAAUUCUAUCAAUCGCGAAGAAUAUUUAUUAGGAAAAAAGAUUGAUAAAAAUUUUGAAAAAAUUGCUUCUGCGGAAAAAAAUUCGGAACGUAAUGAAUUACCUGGUAACCAUGUAGACUAUGAGUGUGUACCACCAUCAAUAAGAUCUUUUUCGGGGAACGAACAAGUGGAUUUGGCAAGAAAGUUACAAGAAGAUCCAAUGUUUGCUAUUAAGAAAAAAGAAAUGGAAUCAAGAAGUAAACUUUUGCAAAAUCCAGUAAAGUUGAAAAAAUUACAAGAACUUGUCAAGAAUAAAUCAAGUUCAUCGUCUUCGCAUAGUAGGUCAUCAAAAAGUGAUAGAGAUUCGGAUAGAUCAACCAAAGAUAAGGACCACCGUAAAUCUCACAAAAAAACAAAGCUUUCGGAGAAAGAAAAAUUAAAACGUUUAAAAGCAAUGAUGUCUAAUGGAUCUUGGCGUGAGGAAGAACGUAAAAAGAAUGUCAAACGUUACAGAGAACAAGAUAAAUUAGAAACUUCUGAAAAAGAAUAUAAUCCUGAUUUUAUUAGAAAACAACUCGCUAAAGCAACAGAAGAAGCAACAGUCGCUUCGAGAAUCAAGUCAAAUGUAAAUAAUAUUCAAAGGUCUAACCGAAAUAUGGAUAGGAACUUCGCCAGACGAUAA